GCUAACAUCACAAUGCUGCCAAAAUGUGGUGUCAUUUGGAUUAUUUUUCUUAAAACUAUUUCAUCUGAUAUCCUACUACCCGGGGUCAGAUCAACAAAUAUCAAGAAAGUUUUAGAUAGUAUGAACAAUCCUCUGACGAACAGAGUUCAACUAAUAAACAAGACGGGAAGGUAUCUUAAUGAGUAUAACGUUGUAACUAAUGAUCAAUACAUACUAAAGGUAUUUAGAUUGACUUACGAAAAUAACGAAACAACUUCUUAUAAAUACCCGGUGUUACUGGUUCAUGGCUUGUUUCAAUGUUCAGACAUAUUUCUGCAGCAGCGAGAGAAUCAGUCUUUAGCAUUUAAACUUCAAGACUUUGGAUAUGAUGUUUGGCUAGCAAAUUUUCGAGGUAAUAAAUAUGGCCGAAGGCAUACAUCUUUUGGACCAGAAACAAAAGAUAAAGCAAAAUUCUUUAAUUACACUUACGAGGAAAUCGCUUUGCAAGAUAUCGCUGCCACUGUAAAUUUCAUUCUCGAGAAUACUAAACACGAAAAGAUACAUUACAUCGGUUAUUCGUUGGGAGGGACUGUUUUUUUGGUACUUAAUUCUAUGAAGCCUGAAUACAAUAACAAAUUUGACACAGCACAUCUCUUUGCUCCUAUUGGUUACCAAAACUACUUUCCUAAUAAAGAUCUCAGGGUUGAGGCUAAUCGCUAUGAUGAAAUAUAUGAAAACCUUUUAAAAGCUGGCGCUCAGGAAAUAUUCCCAUACGAUUCUUCCAAUAAAGACAUUCUUUUUUCGGCUGAACAAUGCCUUGGCAGUGAUAACUAUCGAAAUAUUUGCAGUUUAUUGAAAAUUAAUGAAAUAAUGGGCAUACAAAAUCAAGACAACAAUAUAAACGAAACUAGAGGUGGAUCUAUAAAACAGUUAGUUCAUUUAGCACAAAAUAUUAAGUCUAAAAGCUUCAGUCGAUGGGAUUACGGGGAAAAGAUAAAUGAAGAUUAUUAUGGAACCAAAGAACCACCUAAAUACAAUUUAAGUCUCAUUACUGUUAAAACUAACAUAAUUUUUGAUCCAACCGAUGAGUACGUGAGCCCAAAAGAUAUUGCCGACAUGGCGGUAAAUAUGAGUUAUACUACGACAAUAGCAUUAAAAAGGGAAGGUGGUGUGUCUAGAUAUUCAGAUGAUGGUAUUAAAGAAAUAGGUAGGAAAGGAUCUGGCGACACGUCUACGAAUAUAAGUAGUACGACUCCAAGAGUGAGUGGUAUUGUUGCUACGAUUUCAAGUAACAGCAAUGUUACAUUAAAAGAAAUAAAACCAGAAGAUAGUACAGAUAAAGGUCACAUUACAACAAAAACAGUAGAUGAGAAUGCUAAUAAUAGCAUAACUACGUAUACGAACAGUACUGUAACAAGAGAAGUAAACGUCCAAAACGUCACUGAUAUGACAACAGACAUUAGUGACACUAUAACUACAGAAGCAUAUUGGAAAAGUAUAAAAAACAUGACUACAAAUAUAGCUAAUACUACAUUAAAAGAAAUAAAACCAGAAGAAGGUGACACUACAGAUAAAGGUGACAUUUCAAGAAAAGCAGUAGAGAAGAAUGGUAAUUCUAACAUAACUACAUAUACGGACAGUACUGUGACAAGAGAAGUAGACGUCCAAAAUGUUAAUGAUACGAGAACAGAUAUUAGUGACACCAAAACCACACAAUUAUAUUGGAAAGGUAUUACAAACAUGCCUACAAAUGUAGCUAAUACUUCAUUACAAAACGAAGAAAUCGGAGAGGUUACUAGUAUGACCAAUGUAGGUGAUUUUGCAAAGAAAAAAAUAGGCAGAGAAGGUAAUGCAGAUGUCCCUACGCAUACAAGUAAUUUUAUAUUAAGGGAAGGGAAGAAAAACGUUACCAAUGUGACAAGAGAUGUUGAAAAGAAUGAAGGAAAGACAGAUUUUAAACACAAGGACUUUAUUGAUGCCCCAGACGUGAUGGAACUUGUGUAUGAUAAAAUUAUUAAUGACUUGGAAACGAGAUCAAACCACACAGUUUCAAUUGGAAGACAAAAUGAAAUUGAUAAUAGUGAACAUACCACAGAUAUUAGUACAACAGUAGGCAGCGAAUCAGAAGACAAGGUCAAGGAGAAAUUACUGAAAACAAACUGGCACAUAAUAGCUCUCAUUCCAGGCUUAAUGCUCUUCGGACUGUUGAUAUUCAUAUGUUUUGUAAAAUAUAUUCAUUUCAAUUGUCAUAUGGAAAUAUAAGUUCUGAAAUAUAUACUGCAAAUGCUUUAGAACUUUUGCUGAUGUAACAUGGUUUCAGUAGUUUUUUUUAAUGAUUGGCUAACUGAAUAAAGCUAUAACUUCAUUGAUACGCCUGGUUUACUUUGUUUUUAACUUUAAAGCUUCGACCAAACAUAGAGCGUUUUGAUAUUGUAGCGUUAGCGGAGCGAAAUUCGCUCUAAAUACGCUCGCGCGGUCACACAUAACACACGCAUUGUGAGCGGACUUCUGAAUAUGUAUUAAAUGUU